AUGUAAACCAUUGAUAUAUAUUGACCCAAGAAGUGUAUAGACCUUAUUCAAUCUUGUAUCAGCAAGCAAACUCAUAGUCUGAGUGGAGUCCUUGUACAUCUCUAUUCAAACCAAAAAUGUCGACAUCCAUCGCCGUAGGAGACACCGUUCCGGAUGGAACUCUGUCAUACCUUGAUGACUACAAUAAAAAGCAGGAUGUUUCCAUUCACUCUCUCACCGCCGGUAAAAAAGUUGUUAUCUUCGCUGUUCCGGGCGCCUUCACCCCUACUUGCAGUCAGAGACAUGUGCCUGGAUUUAUCGAAAAGGCUGAGGAAUUGAAGUCUAAGGGAGUUGCUGAAAUCCUCUGUAUCAGUGUGAAUGACAUAUUUGUAAUGCAAGCAUGGUCCAAGACGUACCCAGAAAACAAGGAUGUUAAGUUUCUUGCUGAUGGUAGUGGAGAUUACAUCCGUGCACUUGGGCUUCAUCUAGAUCUUGCUGAUAAAGGUCUCGGUAUUCGUUCUCGUCGGUUUUCGCUGCUCGUCGAUCAUCUCAAAGUCAAGGUUGCAAAUAUCGAAUCAGGAGGGGAAUUUACUGUCUCUAGUGCUGAUCAAAUCCUUAAAGCAUUGUGAACACCUUUCAAUUUGUGUUUGUGUAUUGUUGUGUUGAUGUUCCCUGUUUCUAUCCUAAACUUCAUGUUGUUGUGUUUUAUUGCCUGUGUUUAUGGAUCGUAGGGCCAGGCCUUGCUCGAGCCUGUCCAACUCGAAUCGAAUUAUGUAAUAGUACUUUUUUAUGUUGAAUAACAAGUUAAUUUUUAAUUUCCUUUCACAUUUCACUCGGA